AUGGCUUUAGAAGCAGUCGUCUUUCCAAAAGACCCAUUCACUUACUCCUCCUGCAAGGAGUUCUCCUUCUUAUCAAACAGCGAACUGGACCGUUGGAACUUUGAAUUUGAAUUUGCUCUGCAGGAGAACAGCAUGUGGAGCGUUCUCCCCCCGUCGUCGGAGCUGGUCGCCGCAGACGGUGAUACCUUCAACGAGCAGAAUCCGGCGGCAGCGGCAGCCAUAGGAGGCGGCAUCUCUAAGAAAAAGAGGCGGCGUUUAAAGCGGUGCAAGAACAAGGAGGAAGCCGAGAGCCAGAGGAUGACUCACAUUGCCGUCGAACGCAACCGCCGCCGCCAAAUGAACGACUAUCUCUCCGUACUACGAUCAAUCAUGCCGGCUUCCUACGUCCAUAAGAGCGACCAAGCAUCCAUCAUUGGCGGAGCAAUAAGCUAUGUGAAGGAGCUUGAAUAUCUUCUCCAAACCUUAGAAGCUCAGAAGAAAAUCAGCCACCCGUUGACUUUCCUCUCUUCUGAUCAAGACAGAAAUACCAACAAGAUGGAAGAAAUGGAGGCUAUGGACGCGGCGGCGGACAUAGAGGUGACGAUGGUAGAGAGCCAUGCCAACCUCAAGGUGUUAUCGAAGAAACAGCCGAGGCAGCUGAUGAAGAUGGUGAUUGGAUUGCAGAACCUAAGUCUAACAACGCUCCAUCUCAAUCUGACCACCAUUAACGAGAUGGUUCUUUACUCUUUCAGUCUCAAGGUGACUUUUUUAAGCUCUCAAUGUUAUGAUUUUCAUGUGAACGAAGAAAAGUUUGUAUCUUUUGGCGUUUUAAUUCAUCUUUUUGAUUCAUAUUGUAGAUUGAAGUUUGAGUAA